AUGUCCAUCCCAAGGACAGUCAAUCUGGCCAUCGCGGCCUGUCGGCGGAUACCGCCGGGACGCACGAACUCUGCGACGGGGUUGAUCACAUCACGAUUCAAGGAGCAUUAUCUGUCCAAGGCCCUGCUAUCAGUCGUGGCGCCCGUGCCAGUCGCAUCCCGCCGUCGCUUCACCACAACAGCGCCACGGCGUCAUGGGCACAUCGAGCCGCCCAAGCCCGGCCAAGAACUGUACGUCACCUUCAUUGAAAAGGACGGCCAAGAGCACAAGUUUGCGGUAUCAGAGGGCGACAAUCUGCUCGACAUUGCGCAGGCCAACGACCUAGAAAUGGAGGGCGCAUGCGGAGGAUCCUGCGCCUGCUCAACUUGCCAUGUCAUUAUCACCGACGAGAGCUACUACGACAAAAUGCCCGAGCCCGAAGACGACGAGAACGACAUGCUGGACCUGGCAUUUGGAUUGACCGAGACGAGCCGGCUGGGCUGCCAGGUCAAGAUGAAGAAAGAACUGGACGGCCUGGUCGUCAAGUUGCCUUCGAUGACGAGGAACAUGCAGGCGAGCGACUUUCAAUAA